UUCCUCUCCGUCUCCGUCAGAUUUUGCGUCACACUAUAAAUUACGCACCAAACCGAAAUCAUCAAGGAGAAAACAGAAAGAGAAUUUAGGCUCCGAGAUCUCGAUCUGCCCCUGAUUCAUCUCCGGCGAGAUCUCGACCUUCCCCCCGAUCCCCCACGCCUAGAUCCAUGGCUCCCGUCUCCGCUCUCGCCAAGUACAAGCUCGUCUUCCUCGGCGACCAGUCCGUCGGCAAAACCAGCAUCAUCACUCGCUUCAUGUACGAUAAGUUCGACAACACCUAUCAGGCUACCAUCGGCAUUGAUUUUCUGUCAAAGACAAUGUACCUUGAAGAUCGAACUGUUCGAUUGCAACUCUGGGAUACUGCUGGGCAGGAAAGAUUCAGGAGUCUGAUUCCGAGUUAUAUCCGUGAUUCCUCUGUGGCUGUCAUUGUAUAUGAUGUUGCAAGCCGGCAGUCAUUCUUAAACACUUCCAAGUGGAUUGAAGAGGUUCGCACUGAGCGGGGAAGUGAUGUUAUCAUUGUACUUGUUGGAAACAAAACAGAUCUUGUAGACAAAAGGCAAGUUUCGAUCGAGGAAGGAGAAGCUAAAGCUCGCGACAUGAAUGUUAUGUUCAUUGAAACCAGUGCCAAGGCUGGCUUCAAUAUCAAGGCUCUCUUCCGGAAGAUUGCAGCAGCCCUACCUGGAAUGGAGACACUAUCUUCUACAAAGCAAGAGGAUAUGGUUGAUGUAAACCUCAAGUCCUCCAAUCCGAAUGCAUCACAGACACAAGGACAGUCAGGAGGCUGUGCGUGUUGAUCGUGGAAUUACAUGGUAUUCAAACUCAACUUUUUCAUCCCAUUCUCAUGUGCUAUGGUGAUCCAACUCUUUGUAAAGCUUAGAUGUCGUCCCAAAUCUGAGUUCCACCUUUUUGUAGCUUUGGAGGAGUUUCGUGUUUGUUUGAUUGUUAAACAACAUUUGCAGUGUCUAGAAUACCAGAGACUUACAGACCUUAAGAUAAAAGGUAUAGAAGAAACAUCUUUGUGUGAUUGUAAUUUAUGCCCCCAGCGUCAGUUAAAUGCUAGUUAUCUCUAUUCCAGC